AGACUCACACAGACGCCGCACAGAGACUCAGCUUCGGCGAUCCUGCUACAUACGCGCUCUCUUCCUCCGUUAAAUCUCCAUUUAUUCACAACUCUGAACUACAGCUAUUCGAGUCUCUUUUUAUUAGACGGAAAUCGUGUGGAUUUGGUCUCUUGGCUGUCCGGUCUAGAAGAGUCAUCAAUUAUUAUAACUAACGUACUAGAUGUAACUUAACGGUAUGUAUUUAGUUAUAGUUUUCUAGGAGGUAUAUGAUUUUUUCGUCCCUAAAGUAACACGGAGGAGCAGAUAUAUCCAGAUUGUCUGUUUCAUUUAUUCAGACAUGUUUCUCGCGGAGUGUGUGCUGUAGGGUUAGGGCACGUCUGAAGGGAAACUCGGUUUAUAUAGUCUCUCCCAGCGACUCGACAGUUGCUGCUGUGACCCGGUAAAGACGGCACUGCCACACAGGUGACUCGGGCUCGAGCUGUCGGAGGACAUGGAAUCCACGAAGGCCGGUGGGGUAAUAGCUUACAUUAGCUCCUCGAGCUCGGACUCGUGCCUCAGCGACUCCUCCAACAGCAGCUAUCAGUCCUGCUCGCCGCCUCAUGCAGGGCCGGGUCAGCAGGGCGAGGCACUUCCUGUGGCCUCUCAGUCCCGCCCACCGAGGCACGGCGGAGGGAAGGCACGGUCACCCUCCACCACCAAAAGUGGCAUAACAAAGAUUAACGGCCUGGUGCUGCUAUGUAAAGUGUGUGGAGAUGUGGCGUCAGGAUUUCACUACGGCGUUCACGCUUGUGAGGGAUGUAAGGGUUUCUUCAGGAGGAGCAUUCAGCAGAACAUUCAGUAUAAGAAGUGCCUUAAGAACGAAAGCUGUCCCAUUAUGCGCAUCAACAGGAACCGGUGCCAGCAGUGCCGUUUUAAGAAAUGUUUGCUCGUGGGCAUGUCCAGAGAUGCGGUGCGCUUUGGCCGGAUUCCCAAACGAGAGAAGCAGCGCAUGCUGCUCGAGAUGCAGAACGCAAUGAACAACAUGAUGAGCAACGGCCACGGCAACCAGCCCCUGCCUCUUAGCAACCAGACUUCAGCCAGCGACGGAUCUUCCGAGGACAGCGAUGGCCGUUCCUCCAGGAGCAACCCCUCCAAGACCAGCCCUGACCCCGAGCUGCUGAUCGCCAUGGAUACGAGCCAAAGCUCCGACUCCUUCAGUGCCACCGACAGCGGCGAGGAGGAGGCCAUCGGCACACUUACUAGGGCACAGCAGGAGACCUUCAUGUACAACCAGGAGCAGGGCAGUGUGCCUUCUGAAGCCCCGAGCACCUACAGCUAUUUCACUGAGAAGACCCAGGAGGUCUGGAACCGGCAGAACGACACAUCCUCAUCGAGCGAACCGAAGCCACAGUCGAGCGGUGCUGCGCAGGGGACUGAAGACGCCGGCCCACAUCACGGCUGUCCCGUCAGAGCCGACGGAUCAUCUCUUCAGAACCUCCAAACAUUCGGGAGGCUUAACAGGAUGCACCUGGUUUGCCCCAUGAAUACAUCACCCUAUGUGGAUCCUCAGAAGUCAGGUCACAGUAUUUGGGAGGAGUUCUCCAUGAGCUUCACCCCGGCUGUCAGAGAGGUGGUGGAAUUUGCCAAGCGUAUCCCAGGGUUCAAAGAUCUAUCCCAGCAUGACCAGGUCAGCCUGCUCAAGGCUGGCACCUUUGAGGUGCUGGUGGUACGCUUUACAUCCCUGUUCGAUGUGAAGGAGCGGACGGUCACGUUUCUGAGUGGCAGGAAGUAUAGCGUGGAUGCUCUGCGGUCUUUGGGGGCCGGAGAUCUCCUCAACUCAAUGUUUGACUUCACAGAGAAGCUGCGGGCGCUGAACCUCGGCGAGGAGGAAAUCAGCCUCUUCACGGCCGUAGUGCUGGUGUCUGCAGAUCGCUCUGGCCUGGAGAACGUCAACUCCGUCGAGGCACUUCAGGAAACUCUGAUUCGAGCUCUGCGCAGCUUGAUCACCAAGAACCACCCCAACGAGAUUGCCAUCUUCACUAAACUGCUUCUCAAACUUCCCGAUCUGCGCUCGCUCAACAACAUGCACUCCGAACAGCUCCUGGCCUUCAAGGUCCAGCCCUGACCACCCGCCGAUCCCCAGAACUGAGGACCACGCACCCCCUCCCAUCCACUUUUCGAGACUCCAGGCUCCUUUCUGGGGCCCACUGAGCCUGUUCUCACUCAAAGCCACUUCGCUGACAUCUCUUCCCAGUGGGACUGCCGGUUAAACAAGGAGGGAGAGUUGGUAGCAGACACUUAAGAAUUCUUGAUACUGUAAAACGCCUCCAUUUGUGCUAAUGCACACGACCCACAGACACAAACCGGAUGGGUUUCGUUGUAGAUGCUUACGAGAGUUUGUAUGAUUACGGGGUUUGUGUGUGUACGCAGAGGCACCUUGAAUUUGUUUUUAGAUUUACACUGCCUGUGCAAUAAGUGACACGUUCACUGUUUUUGGAUUGUUCCUUGCUGGUCUAUUAAUACUUUCAUAAAAGAGGAAGCAAGGUAUCUUGUGGCCAUAUGAAAGCUGUGUGUUAAUGUUAACACGUACAUUUAAAACAAAUCUGGUACACAGUACAGUUUGAUACCCUUUCAAUAAUCUGAAGUCAAGAAAAGACAACUAUGAAAUGGAAGAAUGUGGAACAAGAUGCUAAUAAGAGCUUUCUGCUAGAAAGACGACGCAAGAAUGUUUAAUGGAUAGAUCUUAUAAGUGUCGUUAAGUGCAAAGCAAGCCACUCCAUCACUAGCCUGAAUGUGAAAGCAAACGCUUCUUGCUAUGCAAGCUCAAGUUUAUGGAUGGCAAAAGACCGCAAGUUCCAACACUGUAGCGGACAAUCUUUGACAGUCAGUUAUCGCUUUCAGGUCAGCAACAGUUUGGAGAGAGUCUUGCUGAGCAGGGUUAGUUAGUUCAACUGUUGACAAGUUUAUAGAUAGCUACCUGAAUAAUGACACGGACAUCUGAAGGUGAUUGCUUGUGUUAUCUCCAGGCCGCAGGCUUGGCCAACCAUUUGCAUUCUUGCAUAAAGUAUGUUUCUGAUUUUAGAUCUGUAUAAUGUGAAAAUGUUUUGAUUCGUAGGGCAUUUAGUAAUGACACAAUGUUUAAUGAUGCUGAAUGACAAAAGGAGUAGAACAUAUGCGUAUCAUCACUAUAUGAAUGCAUGCUCCUCUCGGUACUGAUCCAUCCACAGUGAUGAUGUCACGAUGUCUGGUUGUAGCUGAGGCCGAAUGUUUAUGAUGAAUGACGAUUUGAGAGGAAACGUUCCACUUCAUAUACUUGUAAUUCUGUUCAGUUCUCUUUUAUGAAUGUUUAUUUUUCUUCUUUUGGGCAAGUCUUUUCAGUGAAUGUUCUUGUAGAGUUAUUGUGUCUGUGUGAUCAGCUGCAGCAAGCAGAUCCUCAGCAUAAUGUUAAGCACAUACUCGAGCACCGUUACACCAGGAAACAUGGAAAGGAAACGGCUCAAAACUUCACUGAGGAACACCUGCAACCCUGUCAGCUCUUCUCGGGUCGGAUCUGAAAUCAAAGCUGCUGUAGAUGAGUAGUUGAUUAAAGAAGUAUCUUCGGUUAUGUUUGGUGUUGGUGUUGGUGUUCCAUCUCAUUGUUCAAUGUCGGCAUUGUGUUGCCAUAAUCCAGUCUGUCUGUUUUCCUUUUUGAAAGCAAUGUAAGCUAUAUAGAUAUAUAUAGAUAUAUAAUUAAAUACACAUAUAUAUAUAUAUAUAUUAAGAAAAUAAACAGAUAAAUUCUGA